AUGGAGGUUUCGGCGGCGGCGGCGGCGGCGAACGACAGUGGAGGGGAUUUGAAAGAAAAGGCCACCACCGCCGCCGCCGCCGGUAAAACUGAAAAGAAGAAACGAACACGAAAAAGCGUUCCGAGGGAGUCUCCACAACCACGUAGCUCCAUUUACAGGGGCGUCACAAGGCACAGGUGGACUGGUCGCUAUGAAGCACAUUUGUGGGAUAAGAAUUGCUGGAAUGAGUCCCAAAACAAGAAAGGAAGACAAGUAUACUUAGGGGCCUACAAUGAGGAAGAAGCAGCUGCACGUGCCUAUGACUUGGCUGCACUGAAGUACUGGGGACAGGACAUAAUCCUAAAUUUCCCUUUCACAGCCUAUGAAGAUGAGCUUAAGGAAAUGGAGGGGCAAUCGAAGGAAGAGUAUAUUUGUUCGUUACGAAGAAAAAGCAGUGGAUUUUCUCGUGGAGUAUCGAAGUAUAGAGGUGUAGCAAGGCAUCAUCAUAAUGGACGAUGGGAAGCUCGGAUAGGCAGAGUGCUAGGCAACAAAUAUCUCUAUCUUGGAACAUACGCUACUCAAGAAGAAGCGGCAACUGCAUACGAUAUGGCAGCUAUAGAGUACCGUGGAGUUAACGCAAUUACCAACUUUGACCUCAGUCAUUACAUCAAGUGGCUUCAACCUCUCCAGAAUGACGUGGACAAUAAUACCCUUAAAAACCCUAGUCAAGAGAACACUAAGACCACCGGUUCUUCAUCUGAUUCCACCGGCGGCACCACCACCACCCUGUCGGCCCUAGAACUUGUAUUGAAAUCCUCCAAGUUCAAAGAGAUGAUGGAGCAAACGACAGCUACUUGUAAUAGCUCAUCUAACCCUAAUCCGGACCCGGAUCCUCCACGAAGCAGUUUUCCCGAUGACAUACAAACAUCAUUCGAUUUUCAAGAUUCUAGCAGCUUUGUCGAGGAACACGAUAUUAUGUUUGGUAACUAUGAUUCAUUCGUAUCGUCAAUGUUCCAAUAAAGUCGUAGAAAAACACAAGGGGUCAAAUUCAUAUUAGUAAAGAUAAACAAACUAGAAAAAAAUACUAGUAAGAAAUUUAGAUUAGAACAAAAAGAUAUAAAAUUAAUUAAUAAUGUAGAGGUGCAUAUCAUUUUUUUAUUUUUUUUAUUUUUUAUCCAUGAAUAAUUCAUGGGGGGCACUUAGGUAAUUGGAUAAAUAGGUCAAUUUGAUACUGAAAAUGCUUCUCUUUCGAGAGAAUGUUUUGCACCUUUUAUUUGGCCAUUCUUUUAUAUAUAUAUAGAUAAAGUUAGAUACGCAGUAGACAUUCAUUUUUUUUUUUUUAAAUGUAUUGAUAAAUUGUUUUUUCCUAUUAUUACAUGGAGAUUUAGAUUUCAAUCUCUGAAUAUCUUUUGGUGUGGAUGGUUUGGUUAUACAGAUAAUAUUGU